AUGAUUGAUUACGCAAUUAGCGAACUUGAACGAAACACGGAAAUGGAAGCAGCCGAAGCCGUUCGCCAGAUGAAAGAAGAACUCCGAGCAACCAAGCACGCACUAUGGAUGGCGAGGGCUUUGAGGGCGAAUGCUGUAUGUGAAUAUUACUCAAUUCUUGCCCACUUUAACAAUCUUUUCUCUGAAGAAGAGAGGCUGUGGCUCAAGUGGUCUUGGGUUUACCGCAAGUGCCGUGAAAAGGCGGAGGAGUUUAAGUGA